GGGGUGGAGAUGCCUCUAAAUCUGUGCAUUUCAGGUUCUUUUGAGCUACUGCAAUGCCCCUUCACUCAGAGAGCUAGGCGCCUUCUUUGAGGUGGGCAGGCCACGUGGGGUGGCCCUGUGUCUCCCCAGGCCACACAACUGAUUCCAAAUUUCCACAGAGACCUCGGGAGUGUCCUUGUAUGGCUUCUUCUGCUCUCCAUAUAAGCACUUGCCUUAUGUGAAGUCUCUAUAAAACAGUCUUUCAGGAAAACAUGUUUGGAGAUUGGACAAAAGUGGCCAGCCCAUCAGAGUUGGACUCUCUGCAGAAGAAUCUGAAUGCACGGCAGUUUAGUUGGAGAAAGGACCUUGGUGUCUGGCACCUGAUCCCGCCAGGUGAGCUUCAGAACCUUCCUAAGACAAUUCAAAGGCACACAAUCCAGCUUCCUGGCAUGGUGCUGGCAUUCUGUCCGGGCUCCACGGGCAUACAAGGAGGUCAGGCUGUGUGGGGGCGGGGAGAGGGCAGCAAGCACAAUGCACUCCACAGAACACAGCAGCGCCACUCUUCUCAGUGGGGGGCCCGCGCUCGGCCUGCAUCUGGGACCGCUGGGACCCCCGAGCCGCUGAUCUCUUGCGCCCCUUUUCCUAUCACGAGGCUUUGGCGCGGUUCACCCCGACAUGGAACAGAGAGCGGGCGGGAUCCCGGCCUCCGCUCGGCCGAGCGCUCCAGAGGACCCCUGGAGUGGGGGGUGGGGCCAGCCUCUCUCGGGACCCCGGAGGCCCAACAGAACGCACCAGCGCUCUCGGCUCAGCCUUCGCGGCGCCGCUCCCGCAGCUCUGAGCUCGCUCCCGCCCCGCGGCGCGCCUUCCGCUCCUGCUCCCGGAACGUUCCUUACAAGAACCGCCGCUUCCUACCCGGACGGUUUUGAAGGCGCAUCCGGUGGCCCCGGGCGGCGAGGCCGGAAGCGAUGCUCGGGAGACCGGCCCUCUCCUUCCUCCGCCCCUCUCCCCCGGAAGUUGCCGAGCGGAAGUGUCAUGGCGGCGUCGGCGUGCUGGAAUCACGUGUGGGUCGGCUCGGAGACCGGGAUCUUGAAAGGCGUGAACCUGGUCCGGAAGCAGGCGGUGAACUUCACGGAGGCGGGGGGUAGGCCACGGCGCGAGGAGGAGGUGAACGCUCUGUGCUGGGCGGACGCGGCCGAGAGCCAGAUUCUAAUCGGCUGUGCCAAUGGGACUGUCAAAUCCUUCAGCACAGAAGAGGGCAAGUUCCUGAGCAGCCGGCGCUGUCCAGGAGGAGAAGGAGCUUUUCGCGGACUUGCGCAGCAUGAUGGCUGCCUCAUCACUUGUGUGGAGUCUGGGAUUCUCCGCGUCUGGCCUGAGGAGUCCUCUGCACAUAUCAAAGAGCUCAAUGUGGGCCCAAGCGUGUGCAGGAUGUGCCAGGACCCUGAUCGACCCUACAUAGUGGCCACCGGUGGGAAGGAGAAUUCACUGAAGGUCUGGGAUCUGCAGACGUCGUCCCAGGAGCCCAUAUUCGGGGCCAAGAAUGUCCGCAAUGACUGGUUGAAUCUCCGGGUUCCCAUCUGGGACCAGGACAUCCACUUCCUUCCAGGGUCACAGAAGAUCGUCACGUGCACUGGACAUCACCAGGUCCGAGUGUAUGACCCAGCCUCCCCACAGCGGCGGCCUGUGCUAGAAACCAUCUAUGGAGAGUAUCCCCUGAUGGCAAUGACCCUCACUCCAGGGGGCAACUCUGUCGUUGUGGGGAACACCCAUGGGCAGCUAGCAGAAAUUGACCUUCGGCAAGGGCGCCUGGUGUGCUGCUUAAAGGGUCUGGCAGGCAGCGUUCGGGGGCUGCAGUGCCAUCCCACUCAGCCCAUUCUUGCCUCCUGUGGCCUGGACCGAGUUCUACGGGUACAUCGACUUCGGGAACCUCGAGGGCUGGAACACAAGGUUUACCUCAAGUCACGGCUGAACUGUCUCCUCUUGUCAGGGAGGGACAACUGGGAGGAUGAGGCCAGAGAUCCUGCCCCAGUCCCCUAUGAAGAAACAGAGACUGAUGAGUUGUGGGAUUCUCUGGUGCCAGUGGUUGCUGGAGCCAAGAGGAAACAGAGGCCUCUGGGGGUCCAGCCUGGGGGAAAGAAGCAACAGGCAUUAGGUGGCCCCUCACCUCUGUCCUCCCUUUUUAAAUAAAGAAGUCACCAUUCUUCUGUGA